GCCUAAAGAUUAAGUAACAGGGGCUAAAUAUUGCAUAGGAUAGAAAUGAAAUUUGGAUAUCUGCCAAUUUGCUCUCAUUAGCAGUACAGAAAUGACUGAGAACACAUUCUUUACAUGUAACUUUCAGUUCUGUUAUAUUUUCUAAGGGUAGAACUUGAAAUCUGUUUGCACAAUAAUAAAAUAUUGCAUAUUAUUUCUGCAGAAUUGUUAUUGUUCUAUUAUUAUAAGUAAAACAUUACAUGUUAAUAUAAUUUUAAUUACAUAUAACAGUAUACAAUUUUGUAAUUAUAAGGAAGAUUUACUAUGAAUGAUGUUCUGUAUGCAUAUAUACAUAUAUGUAUAAUUAAUAUAUAGUUAAAUUCAUAUUUUAAAGAUGAACAAUUUAUAAUUUUGUUGCAUUGAUAUUCAUACUUACAUUACGAUUGAAAUAUUGAUAUGAGUAGAUAUAAGGUUGCAGAGGUGAUAUUUUAAAAUGUAGGUUUGUCUUAGGUUGUCUUAUCUUAGGUUUGGCUAAUUAUUCUCACAUACAAUGAAUGCUUAAGUGAUUCCUACGCAGCAUAGUCUUUUUCUGUCUCUCUCUCUUAUCCCCGCGUGCGGUAAAUUUAGUUUCACCUACCAGCUUCAAUGUUCUCAGUACAUUUUCUACCAUGGUAUACUCAGUCACUCUCUAAGGAUAAGUUUCCACCUUGUGAUUUGGAAGACGUAGUAUUUACACAUAUAAUUUUUUAAAUAUAGUAAUGCAAAUAUAUCACAUAUAUAAAAAGAAAAAUUGAAGAUUUCAGUGCAUAAGAAAAGUAUAAAAUAUAAUAAUAGGCGGCAAAUCAUGAUUUAAAAAGAGGAAACAUUGAAGAUUUUGAUUCGUAUCAAAGUGCGAUAACUCUUUAAAGAGAAUUAUUUAUACGCGAAAUGGAGAUAGCAAAGGAACUCGUGCUGACCCUCAAGCAAAAGAAUAAGUCGCACGUUGGAUAUGGAUUACAAAGAGAAUGCGAGGCUCUUGUUGGACAUAUCUUACAAAAUAUGGUCAGAUCGCAGAUGCCAUCGCUACAUGCUGUAACAAAAAAUGAGGAAGAUUCUAUUAGAUAUAGAGAGGAAGGUAAUCAACAUUUCGUAAUGGGCGAUGAUCUGGAAGCUAUCGAGUGUUACACCCUGAGCUUGGCGUAUGCCGACAGCGACGAACUCAUGGCGUAUGCACAUGCAAAUCGAUCUGCCGCUUUGUACAGGAAACAGUUGUACAAGGAGUGUCUGAUAGAUAUUGACGCAGCCUUAUGUCACGGAUAUCCGAGAGAAAAGCGAAGGAAAUUAAAAGAAAGAGGAGACAGAGCAAUAAAAGAGAUAAAUAAAUUGUUACAGGGAGAGAAUAUCGAUGCGCAACAAAGUACGGAUGGACGGUGUCCAAACAAUGGUGUUGAGAAAUUUGCUGUGAAAGCAGGAAACUCCGAUUACAUCGUGGACGAGGCAAUACUGGAAAAAGAUCGGGUGAUUAACGGCCGGGAGAAACAAGAUGCGAUGACCAACGAAAGUUACCUUUAUCACGCAGCAAAGAUCCUUCCGCAGAAGCCAAGGUACUUGCAGAACGACGAUUUCUCCAAGCUGCCGUAUGGCCCGAGCAAGGAAGUUCCGGCCGCUAGUGACGGUGUCGCGGUAUCUUUCUCCGAAAGAUACGGUAGACAUUAUGUGGCGACACGGGAGUUUCAACCCGGUGAUAUAGUCAGCAUCGAGAAUCCGUACGCGCAGGUUAUCUACGAAGAACGGUAUUACACACAUUGUCACCACUGCUUGUCCAGAAGCUACAACUUGAUACCGUGCUCAAAGUGCCCCAUAGCUCAAUAUUGUUCUGAAAAAUGCAGAAAGUUAGCAUGGGAGACGUGCCACGAGACGGAAUGUCCAAUUUUAAAGCUGCUGACCAGUCUGCUGAAUGUCGACAAAGAUAAAAUAAGAAUGACUUCCAAGAUUAUACGGCUGCUGAUUGUAGUGACAGCGAAUGGAAGCAAAAUCAAAGAGUUGCAACAGGACAUGGAAAUUGCUGAAUCCAAUCCAGACAGUAGGACGGCCGGAUUCACGGAUGCUGGAAUACUAGACAGUUUCAGCGCGCGAUCUGCGCUGAGUCUGGCGACUAAUAUGACUACAAGACCGCUGAUCGGGAUUAGCGCGUUUGCUUGCAUCUCGGCUCUCGCGGUAAUCCUUCUAGCUACACAGACGAGAUUCUUCCCCAGGAAAUACGAGAUGGACGAUUUGAAGGACAUCAGCGAAUUCUCCGAGCUUAAAUUCUGCGCCAGCAUAAUGUUUCGUGCCUGCGUAAUAAUGUCUUCUAAUUGCUUCUCAGUGCAACAAGAACCAGGAAUCGUGUCGGGCUCAGGUUUGUACGUAGCUCACAGCUUAUAUAACCACUCCUGCGCGCCGAAUACCUUCCGACAUUUCGAGGGACUCACAAUGAUCACACGUGCAUUGACGCCGAUACGUCCCGAGGAUCAGAUAUUCACCAGCUAUGGCGGCGUGUACGCACAUAUGCCUAGAUUUGAGAGGAAGCAAAAGAUAUUGCAGGAUUACUUCUUCGACUGCGAUUGCCCGGCCUGCGAGAAUGACUGGCCGACGUACAAUGAGGUUUUACGGGGACAUAUCGGAUCUAUUUCCAAGAAUAAGCAACUCGUGGAAAGAUUGAGACCCUUUAGGGAGAGACUGCUCUUGAAUAUGUACGAUAUCGACGCGGUGAAGGCUGUUCUCGAUAUAUUGUACAAGGAAGUUGAAAAAUAUCCGUGCGAGGAAAUACUUCACGCGGAACAAUACUUGAAGAGUUAUUAUUUGGGUAAAUUUAAGUAAACAUUACUAUUGUUGUGACGCUUUGCGCUUAAAAACAGCUUUCGUAUGUACGUAACUUUGCUUAAUGCUAGUAUUUUAUGCUUUGACGAUAAUAUUUUCACAUUGAUGUAAUCGUGCAUGGCUUUGUUUCCUUAUAGUCAAUAAAGUUACCUUUUGCAGCAUUA